UUGAAUUGUUAGCAAGUUUACGGUUCGCGUGGACGUAUCGUGACAAUUCGUUGUUUGGACUAGACUCGAAGUACCUGAGAAAAGAACACAGAAAAUGUCUGGAAAAUCGAAGGCGUUCACUAAAGAAGAAGAGCUGCUUCUCCAAGACUUUUCACGGAACGUGUCAACGAAAUCCUCCGCGCUUUUCUAUGGCAAUGCCUUCAUCGUUUCAGCGAUCCCCAUCUGGCUCUUUUGGAGGAUCCACUUGAUCGACAUUUACGCCAAUUUGAUCUCCUUCGUUUUAGUUACGCUAGCGAGUACAUAUGCCCUCGCACUUGCAUACAAAAAUACUAAAUUUAUCCUUAAACAUAAGAUUGCAGUGAAAAGGGAGGAUGCUGUGACCAAGGAAAUGAGCAGGAAAUUGGCCGAGGACAAGAAGAUGAGCAAAAAGGAAAAAGAUGAAAGGAUCCUAUGGAAGAAAAAUGAAGUAGCCGAUUAUGAGGCAACUACUUUCUCAAUCUUCUACAACAAUGCUUUAUUUUUAGUCCUUGUAAUUGUAUCUUCAUUCUACAUUCUGAAGACAUUUACUCCAGCUGUUAAUUACAUAUUCUCUGUUGGCGCGACGAGCGCACUGUUGGCACUACUGUCGACUGGUACUCAAUAAUGUAUGCAGUGUGAGAAUGUGUGGCUCUAAUUGUUUACUAUGUCGGAUGCAAGACUCUGUAACGGAUCUUUUGAUACGAAUGAAUGCGUACACGUAAUAAAAUCUUCUUUAUUUAUAGUA